CUCACUAGCUUUGCAUCGAUCCAAUUGCUUGGCAGCGAAGGCAUCGAUCCAUGGCCAUGGGCGCCUCCCCCGACAUCAUCAAGCCUCCGCCUCCGCCACCGCCACUGCCACCGCCACCGCUGCCUCCAUCGCACAGCAACGACAGCAAACCCUACAGAGGCCGCAGCGCUAGCGGCGAUGACGAUGGCCUCGGGCUCGUCCUCGUGCUGCGCGCGGCCGCCGCGCUGCUGGCCUUCGUCGCUGUGGCGCUGGUCGCCUCGUGCCGCCACGGGGACUGGAUGGAGUUCACGCGCUACCAGGAGUACCGCUACCUCCUGGGCGUCGCCGUCGUCGCCUCCGUCUACUCGGCGCUGCAGGCGCUGCGGGGCUUCCGCCGGAUGCGCGCCGGCACCGCCUACGCCGCCACCUUUGUUGAUUUCGCCGGUGAUCAGGCAGUGGGGUACUUGCUGGUAACGGCGGCGUCGGCUGCGCUUCCGAUCACCAUCCGAAUGAGAUCGGCGGUGGUGAACACGUUCACGGACGCCAUCGCAGCCUCCAUCAGCUUCUCCUUCCUCGCCUUCGCCGCCCUCGCCUUCUCUGCCAUGCUCACCCUCUCCGCAUCCUACAACUAGUUAAUGUUAAUGUCCACUACUGUACUGCGCGCCUACCUUAAAUUAAUUCCUCAUUUUUGUAAUCAGUUGUAGCCUCUCCACAGUCUAUAUAUACAGCUAUUUGCAAUUGUCUCUCCAAAUUAAAUUCGACGUUAUAUAUAUGCAAUCAAUCAAAAACAAAUCCUGCAAGCAUCGGGUCUGUUUUGUUCAAGUGCCAAGCUUGUGGUAACCAACUUUUUAACUACCUAAAGGCUACGGUUCAGUUCAUGUCACAAUUGGGGCAUUUACCAUAAAGUCAAUUUUUUUU